AUGAAAACCAGAAUGGACGUGUGUACCCCUGAUGCUCUUAUUAUGCCACCUGGGUGUACAAUAGUGAAAGGAAGACAAGCAAUUGAAAACCUUGAAAAACGAAACCAGGCUAUGUUUAGCGAUGUGUCAUUUACUAUAAGUGAAGUUGGAGACGUUGGUAGUUGUCUUUACACAAUUAUAGCAACCAAGAUGAUUCAAAGAGACACUUCUGAAACAGUAUCUGUAAUGAUGUCACUGAAUGGCAACACAAUGCCACGAAAGAGCAGAUACAUGGCCAAGGGGCCGCCUGACGGUGGAUGGGGAUGGAUGGUUGUUAUUUCUGCUUUCCUAGUUCUCUUCGUUGUCAGAGGGAUACAAAAUUCAGUUGGAGUCUUUUUCGCCGUGCUUUUGGAUUAUUUCCAAGAAGGAGCUGGUGCCACAUCAUGGAUGUCAGCCUCUAUAUCCGCUGUUAGUUUGUGUAUGGGUCCAUUCGCAGCGGCGUUAGCAAAUCGUUUUGGACAUCGCAUUGUUGUCUUUGUUGGAGGACUAUUAACAUCCAUCUCCAUAGUCAUGAGUGCAUUUGCUCCGAAUAUUAUUUUUAUAAGUGUUACAUUCGGUUUCUGCACAGGUGUUGGAUUUGGUCUAGCUCGAGUUCCUGCUGUCGCUAUGCUUGGGAAGUAUUUUAAAAGAAGGCAUGCCAUUGCUAGCGGGCUUUCCGUGGUCGGAACUGGCUGUGGAGCUUUCAUUAUCUCGCCGUUACUCAGAUCAUUAAUCAAUGUCUAUGGAUGGAGAGGAUCGUUCAUUAUUCUGGGAGGUAUUUCGUUGCACAUGUGUGUGAGUGGGGCUCUUUUGAGACCAAUUCAUUUUCUUGACGAUAACGAACAUUGUGAAGACGAACAUAUAUCUGAUAGUAGGCGUAAGGAAACGUAUCCUAGUUAUGAGGAUAAAUCAAAGCUAUCAUGUCUUCGUACAAAAAUCAAUGGCAUUAUGAACUUCUUUGAAUUAUCACUGUUGAAGAAUCACAUGUUUGCCAUGUUAUUGGUCAGCGAUGUCUUUUUUGGAUUCGGAAUUAAUAUUCCUGUAGUACACAUAGUGAAGAGAGGUCUGAAUGUUGGCCUUGACCAUGGUGAUGCGGCAUUCCUACCAUCGGUCUUAGGAUUUUGCAUGAUGUUUGGUGCUCUUGGCCAAGGGUUUGUUGUCGAUGUAUUACAUUUGUGCAAGAUACGAUCACUUGCGGCUUCAACCAUUAUAUAUGGACUAAGUACUUUGAUGUUAACUCUUGCACACGACUUUACUUCUAUGUGUGCAGUUUUGUCGACAAUGGGCUUAGCUAGAGGAGUGUUCGCUUCUUUGAAUUCCGUUGUGGUUAAAGUCGUCGUGGGACAGAAGAAAUUCACAAGUGCUUACGGUUUAACACUUCCUUUUAUUGGGAUAGCACAACUAAUAGGACCUGUAGUUGCAGGAUACAUGUACGACUAUAAUGGGAAUUACAACGUUUCAUUUUAUCUGAGUGGUGCUAGCGUCUUACUGAGCGCCGUCAUCCUGCUGAUUAGUCAGUUUGUGUGGUUACGAAGCAAAAAAAGUGAGGCUAUAUUAGACACAGAAACGAAUAAUGACGAAACGAUCAGCCAUGUUUUGGAAAUCAAAGAGGGUUAUGUGGUACGCUACCUCCCUAGGAAACAAGCUGAACUUCUAGCGCAGUCUGAGGACUUGUCUGAUAUUGAUGAUGAUGACUGUCUCGAAUGUGUUGGGGCUAUACACAUCGAGAAAGACAGUAUGUAGCAUAAAGGC